AUGUAUGGCUUGCUCUUGCUCAUAUUAUCCAUUGCAAAAAGGUCAUUCGGACUCAAUAUCACCGUCUCUGUGCCUGGCUAUGUGCGGAUAGGCGAAACCAUCUCCGUAGUGCUGACCUACUCGGAUGGUGAUCCAGCCAAUUUCUACCUAUCCAUGUAUUGCACGAAUGAGGGGCAGACGGAUGAUUCUGUUUCCAACGUCGCCAAUUUUACGUCCGAUACGACUGAAGAUAUAUCUGUUGUUUCGUUUGGGAACUGUAUCAUUCAUGCGCUCCUUCGUUCCGACUCUGAGUCUCAAGCAGACACCCUCGUCACUGAGAGCGAACCUUUUGAUCUUCUGGGAAAUAACUCCGAUUCACAGCCUUCUUCAACCAGUACACCUGCUGAUCGCGUGAUGCUCAUGGUGCAGAUGGUCAACCUCGCCUUGGGGGCAACAUCGUUCCUCGGGGUCCUAGGAAUCAUUCUAUAUCUAUUCCUCCAGCGCACGCGGGUCCCGCGACGGAAUAGACUAAGUAGGAAACCACUUUCCAUUGCUGAUCCAGAAUCACCAGCAAUCAUAUUACCCUCUGAUCAGCAUCUCGCCCUCGUGUCGCCUAAAUCGUUGGAACCAGCAAGAGGAGUCGGGAAUUUCUCCUUUGUAUCCAGAGGAACGCCGGACGUUCCCGCUGCCGUACAGAGUGUGCGGACAUCCGACCCGUCUCUGUAUUCCGCAACCACCAGCGAAAAUGUGACUUUCCUCUCCUUCCCUCUUCCACCGACCAUUAGACAGUCGGAAUUACAGCAAUUUGCUGCACAUCUGAGACGCGAGGUCUCGUUGCGAUCCGCAAAGAUCAGCUUGGAGGAAGGUCAGGGUGCUGGCGAGGAGCGUCUGCGAAAACAGAUUGCCGGGAUGCGAAGUGAGAUUGCGUAUCUGACGGCCGAGCUGGACUUGACCUGGGCGUUGGGGUUCGGUCAGAUUACGCCGUCGUCUGGUAGGAGGUCAGCGGAGAGUGGGACUGUUUCGGUGUAUUCUCGUGCGCCGCAGGUUUCUAAUGUAAUUUCGUGA